AUGAUUUGGUAUUCAUACUACGAAUAUACAUGCGAAAUUUGUUGUAGACGUCCUGCUCGACGGACAUCAUCUCAUCGGCGGGACAGAUUAAAGGCCCUGGUCCAUGCUGACUCCUUGCCACUAUAGAAAUAGCUAUUUCCAACUACUAGCCGCUCCACCACCUACAUUCCUUGCUUUCACCGCUGCAUAAUGGCUCUGCUUGCGCGUCGCGUCACUGCGGCCCCUUCGGCCCGCUCCAACACCACUCGCCCUGCCUUUGCCCGCGCCGCACCGCGCCGUUCAGUAGUAGUUCGCGCUGAGGCUGGUUCAGUGAAUGAUGACACUUUCAAGAGCGUAGUGCUGGAGAGCAGCAUCCCUGUGCUGGUGGACUUCUGGGCUCCAUGGUGCGGUCCUUGCCGCAUUAUUGCGCCCAUCGUGGAUGAAAUUGCGGGCGAGUUCAAGGACAAGGUCAAGUGCGUGAAGAUUAACACGGAUGAGAGCCCGAACGUCGCUUCUGAGUAUGGCAUUCGGUCGAUUCCCACCAUCAUGGUCUUCAAGAACGGCAAGAAGUGCGACACUAUCAUUGGCGCUGUCCCCAAGUCAACGAUCAUUCAAACCGUUGAGAAGUACAUGUGAGCGUUGAGCGGCUGCAGUGAGAGGUCGCAUGUGAUGGUCGUUGGAGUAGGGGGCCGAUAGAACACAACAGAGAUUCCAGAGCGAGGCAAGGGGUUUAGGCUGCGAGAGGGGUGUGCUGCAAAGGCGGCAAUUUUGGGUGCACGAUGUUAAAUAACCAGGACGCGCGCACGUCGCGGACCCAGUUUUGAUGGACAACAUGACAUUGGUUGCAAAGAGAGAGUCACUUAUUUGUCAGAGAUCUCCAUUUUGUUGUGGCUAUAUAACUUCAUGGCUUAAGACGUUUGGCUAAUUGCAUGACCACCUCGCCGCACACGGGUAUCUCACGCGGUAUGUACGCGUGGGUUAUGCCCUUCGGAUACGUGUGCGCCUCGGUGCCCCUGUACAACACAUGUAAAUCAGGAGUUGGGUU